UGCACACCAAUUUAUAUUGUAGUAGAAAAAAGAUAGCAGCAUAAACAAGUCGAGAACGAGAAGGUUACGUACCGCAAUUUGUUUACAGUGAUAAUAAUUACACCAAUUAAAAUGACCGAAUUAGCUGUUCCGAAAAUUGAAAAACUUGACGAAUUAAUAAGCGACCAUAUAGGCAAGGAUAAAAAAGUAAUUGGUUCAAAAAUCACAAGGCUCACAGCACCUGGAGAGAACUUCGGGAGUGAAAUGUUAAAAGUGGAUCUUCGUCUUAAAUCUGCUGAAGGAAAAGAAGAGGAUUUGCACGUGGUGGCGAAACUGAUCCCAGAGAACGAGUUUGCCCGCGCAAUUUUUAACGUGGAUGUGUCGUUUAAUGUAGAAAAGGGAUUUUAUAACGUUAUAGUACCAACAUUGCAAGAUUUUCAACGGAAACAGGGCAUUACUAAAGUUAUAGAUUGUUUCCCGACAUUAUAUGGUGCCAGGAAUAAUUUAGGGAAUAAUGGAGGAAAGGUGGAUAACAAUGCAGCACUUGUCUUGGAAAACUUAAAAGUUCAAGGUUUCGACACUAUUGACCGGUUUAAAGGCUUUGACCUGGAAACCGCCAAGCUGAUCCUAAAAAGUCUUGCAGAGUUCCAUGCCAUACCAGUGGCACUGAAACAAAAAGAUGUUAAGACAUUCGAAAAGAACAUUAAAGCGUACAUGUCUUGUAACUUUCCUCCUGCUCCACAACCACCAGUAGGGCCCCUCUUCGAAAUAAUCUAUAAUAUACUGCAAGAUGAAUCAUAUAAAAAAUUUGUUCCAAAGAUUCAGGAAUCUGCUAAAAAAUUUUCAUUUGUGUGUGACGAGGUUCGUGAACCAUUUGCUACCAUAUCACAUAGAGACUUAUGGGUUAACAACAUUAUGAUCAAACAAGAUGAAAAUACCACAAAAGAAGUUAAAAUCGUAGAUUUUCAACUGUACAGUUACGAUUCACCUGGUACAGAUAUCUUUUUCUUCCUGUUCUCAAGUGUCAGCUUUGACGUUUUAAGAAAUCACUUGGAUAAUCUCCUUAAGUAUUACCAACAACACUUCCAAAAAACGUUGAAAGACCUUGAUUGUGAUCUAGAUUUUUCUUACCAGAAAUUGAUAGAAGAAUUAGGUUUCGCUACUCGCUGGGAACUGGCUCAUGUAAUAUUUUUUGUUUCCUUUGUAAUAAAUGGUCCAAAAGGUGGUAUGCCAAUGCCCAAAAGUAUAGAUGAUAAACAGGAUCUUUCUCAUGUGAAACUUCCUGAUUUUGUAACAGACAGAAUUAAAUGGAUACUUACUGAAUGUGAUAGAAGAAAUUGGUUAAAAUUUUAAGAUGACUUCGUUGUCAUAAAUAAUUUUUUAAUUACCUAGAAUGGAGUAAGAACAAAGAUAAAUGGUGCUAUUUAUUUGUAGAAAAAUAAUUCACCAAAAAAUUUAUUUUAGAAAAAUAAAAUUUGUAAUUUACCGACAAAAUAUAUUUAUUAAUUAAAGACUAAA